UUGUUUCAUCGUAGAUUUAUUGUGGCUAAUAUACCGGUAGUGAGUGGUGAAGUGAUGACUGUACAAUAAACUAAAACUAUUACUUUUACGUGUUACUGAUCUAUAAAAAUAAAUGUCAAAAGUAUACAAAGAAAGGUGAAAGACCAUUUCAAUUGAUAGUCUGAAUGUUUGAGCCUUAAAAUUAACGAUGAGAAUAAUAACAAGUGGCCGAAAAAAAUAUAAGAUAGCAUAAAAAACAGAACAACUUGUAAACUGUAGUAUAAUCAAAAUGAUUUUUUCAAAAGCAAUGAUUUCGUUACUAUGUGUUCUUCUGUUGUUAUCAAUAUUUAUGGCAAAUUUAUUGAACAGUAUAGCCACAGAUCAUAAUUUUAACACUGAGAACAAGUAUGAGGGUGAAAAUUUCACAAACUACUUAGGUAAAAAGUAUGGCCAUAUCACAGAUACACCAAAUAAUCUUGUGUGGUUCCUUCAGAUCUCAGACAUACAUAUAAGUAUAUUCCGGGAUCCUGGUAGAAUAUCACAGUUCCAGCAAUUUUGCGACAAUACAGUCAAACAAAUAAAACCCCUGCUUGUUUUGGCUACGGGUGAUCUUACGGAUGCUAAAGCCAAAGACAAUUUAGGUAGCUCCCAAGUGAAAACUGAAUGGGUUUAUUAUCAUAAUAUAAUAAAGGAGUCCGGUGUAACAGAACAAACGACUUGGUUAGAUAUAAGAGGAAAUCAUGAUAAUUUUAAUAUUCGAACAAUAAAUUCUCAAGAGAAUUAUUUUAGAAAUUACUCCGUUCAAGGAACAAAAAAUGCUAAAUCUUAUGUUCAUUUUAUGAAUGACAAUGGUGUAAGUGUAGCCUUUCUGGGCAUUGAUGCUUGUCCUGAUCCUGGAUUGAGAAGACCCUUUAAUUUUAUUGGUAUAUUAGAUAGUCAAGAGCAACAACACAUUCAGAAAUUGAAAACAGAAGCUGAAAGUAAGGCUGACCAUGUAGUUUGGUUUGGGCACUAUCCUACUUCAUGUAUUUUGUCUUUAGAGUGGGAGUCUCAAAGAUUAAAUGUGAGACAGUUGAUUGGUAGUGCCAGUGGUUCCCAGGUCUAUGUCUGUGGGCAUUUACACUCAAUGGGAGGUCUUGUUCCAAGAAUGUACACAAAACAUAAAAAAGGAUACUUGGAGCUUGAACUGGGAGACUGGAAAGAUAAUAGAAUGUAUCGAUUGGCAGCUAUUGAUCAUGGCAUGUUUUCUUUUGUUGAUCAGAAGCAUAAUGUGUGGCCUGUUGUACUUGUGACGAAUCCUAAACAUGCUAGGUACACUAUGCCUGGAAGAGAACCAUUGCAUUUGGUACCUGACUCCACUCAUAUAAGAAUUUUAGCAUUCAGUGAUGUAAAAAUGGAAUAUGUUAAAAUAUCCUUUGAUAAAAUAAGUUGGCUGGAGUGUAAAUCUGUUAAAGGACCUCUGUAUGUUUGUGAUUGGCUUCCACAUUUAUUUAUGACUGGUCUUCAUAAUUUAUAUGUAAAGGCUGUAGAUGAAAUAGGAAAGGAAACAAAUGUUGUUCAUCCGUUUACUCUAGAUGGGACUGUAUUGAAAUUUGAAGUGACUCCUAGAAUUUUAUUAAUGCUGGAUGCAGGUUCUGUGUUUCAGGUAGUAUUUGGGACUCUAUUAAUAAUUAAUGUGAUCCCAUUAGUAAUAUUGCGAUUGCAAAAAUCGCCACCAAAAUACCGCAGAAGGUGUGGUCGACAAAUUUUACGAAGAGUUUGGUUAUUAAGCAAAAUUGACAGAGUAUUCUAUCCAAUAGUUUUGUAUGCAAUUUAUUUACCCUUUGGACCGUGGGCGAUUGGAGAGCUUAUUGAUGGUUAUAUAGGUGCUAUAUUUGCUUGGGGAAUUGUCAUUAAAGGAGCGUUUUUACCAGAGCCAUUUACAUAUAUGUAUGGCAGUGUGCAGUUGAUGUUUGUGCAAAUACCGCUAAUAUUUGUAUUGGCACAUUGCCUAGAAACUCGAUUGAUGAAUCAAAACCUUCAAGGUUUGAGAAGAAUUAUCAAGAAUUUGCCCUUUAUUUUCCUGCUCACGAUACAAUCUUUGCUUGCAUAUUUCUUUUGGUUAGAAUAUGGCACAAUAUCUUUUCUCCUCAGUCCACUGAGGACAUGGAGUGUCGGACUAAGCACAUUACUUUGGUAUAAAACUUUAUCUUUACCACCAGAUUACUGCAGGCGACUACAGAAGCUAAAUGAGUUACCUUCGUAAAUAUACAAUUGUAUAUUUAUUUGUAUGGAGUUGUAAAACUAUGCAUUUUUAUUGCAUAUACAAGGCUGUACAUUAUAGUCACUUGUUAUGUUGUAUUUGUUAAUUUGCACCAAAGAGUCAAUAUAAUGUGUAUUUAAAAUACAAUAACCAUUCCAAACUGCUAAUAUUAUGUAAUGUAAAUAAUGUAUUGAAAUUUAUUGUGAUAAUGUUAUGUGCGUAUGUAGGUAUGUAGAUAAAAACCUAAAGACAAAAUCAAUUAGAUACUAACACUCUAUGUCAAAAUAAAUAUUAUAUUUACAUGUUUUAGAAAUAUUAUCUUGUACAUUCAUAUGAAUGUAAGAACGUAGAAAUAUAUUCAUUAUACGUAUUUUCUAUACAAUCACGUAACACGUUUAUAUUGAUGUACUUACGAACUUACAAAAAUAAAGAUAGAUAUUUUGAUAGAGUCAGACAUAAAUAUAACUCUAACAACCUUAAUAAAGUAGUAUUUCCUAAUAUAAGUAUUUCAUUUGACUGAGCCAUUGAGAAGGCUCUUAGCUAAAUAAAAUUAUACUUUUGUAAUGUAUUAUGUGUAUAAUAAUAUAUAAUGAAAUAUGUGUGUCGUAAAGAUUAAAUAUUGUCGACUGAUUUUCAGAUUCUUUGUGCAUUUUAUAGAUGGAUAUAUAGUAGGUAUACUUAUGUAAUGUAUUACCAGUUAUAUAUUAUUUCAACAGUAUUUUGAUUUUAAACAAUGUUAAUAUUAAUAAAUGUAAAUUGAUAGAUAAAAUAUUUUCAUGUUGUCAAUUUUGUUGUAUAUAAAUGUGAUUUUUGUUUAACCAGUGCUAAUAAAUGUAUAUUGUGAAUAA